UCUGUGGCGUAUGGUGAAUAAGAAAGUAUUGAAUUUACGGUUGCCCAUACAUAAGUGACUUUCAGUUUGUGUUGUUCUGCGAAAAGUAACUUGGCCCCCGUGCGCUGAGCACGGUGUGGCGGCAACCUGCCGUUUAGGCUGUUUUCAGAAGAAAAGUAAAAAUGCCGCUACGACUGGAGAUUAAGAAGCAGCUGGUUCAGCGGACAGACCGCGUCAAAGGUGUUGAUGUGCACCCGACGGAGCCUUGGAUGCUUGCAAACCUGUACAACGGCAAUGUCUACAUCUGGAACUACAUGGACCAGACCCUGGUCAAGUCCUUUGAGGUCACGGAGUUGCCUGUCCGCUCGGCGAAGUUUGUGGCGCGGAAGCAAUGGGUUAUCACGGGCGCGGACGACAUGUUCAUUCGGGUGUACAACUACAACACCAUGGAUAAGGUCAAGACCUUUGAGGCACACACAGACUACAUCAGGUGCAUUGCCAUCUCACCGACCAUGCCGUACAUCCUGACCUCUUCGGAUGACAUGCUCAUCAAGCUCUGGGAUUGGGAGAAGGGCUGGAACUGCGUCCAGGUGUUCGAGGGGCACUCGCACUACGUCAUGCAGGUGUCCUUCAACCCGAAGGACACCAACACCUUUGCGUCCGCCUCCCUGGACCGCACCAUCAAGGUGUGGAGCCUGGGCCAGCCCACCCCCAACUUCACCCUGGAGGGACAUGAGAAGGGGGUUAACUGCGUCGACUACUUCACCGGUGGCGACCGGCCUUACCUGAUCAGUGGUGCCGACGACAAGCUGGUCAAGGUCUGGGACUACCAGACCAAAGCUUGCGUCACUACCCUCGAGGGCCACUCCCACAACAUCUCCUCCGCCAUCUUCCACCCGGAGCUGCCCGUCAUCAUCACGGGCUCUGAGGACGGAACUGUCAAGAUCUGGCACAGCACGACGUACCGGCUGGAGAACACGAUGGACUACCGCAUGGAGCGCGUCUGGAGCCUGGGCUACUGCAAGGGCUCAAACUGCAUUGCUAUUGGCUACGACGAGGGCGCCGUCAUGCUGAAGAUCGGCCGCGAUGAGCCCGUGGCGUCCAUGGACAACAGCGGCAAGAUCAUCUGGGCGCGCCACAACGAGAUCCAGACGGUUAACAUCAAGGCCCUCGGCGCGGACUUUGAGAUGGCGGAUGGCGAGCGGCUGCCGCUGCCUGUGAAGGACCUGGGCUCCUGCGACCUGUACCCGCAGAGCCUUCAGCACAACCCCAACGGCCGCUUCGUGGUCGUCUGCGGCGACGGUGAGUACAUUGUCUACACGGCUCUGGCCUGGCGUAACAAGGCGUUCGGCAGCGGCCUGGAGUUUGUGUGGAGCGCGGACAGCAACGACUACGCCAUCCGCGAGUCGGCCAGCAAGCUGAAGAUCUACAAGAACUUCCAGGAGAAGCACACCGUGGCGCUGGGCUUCAACGCGGAGGGCAUCCACGGCGGCGCGCUGAUUGCGGUGCGCGGCUCGGACUUCAUCGUGUUCUACGACUGGGAGGGGCGCGUGGUGCGCCGCGUGGACGUGGCGGCCAAAUCGGUGCACUGGAGCGAGAGCGGCAACAGUGUGGCCAUCCUGGGCGACUCGAACUUCUACAUCCUCAAGUAUAACAGGGACGUGGUGGAGGAGCACUUCGCUUCGGGAGCAGCGGCGGGCGAGGACGGCGUGGAUGACGCCUUUGACCUGCAGGCUGAGAUCAGCGAGCGCGUGCGCACAUGCAUCUGGGUCGGCGAGUGCCUUGUGUACAACAACACCACCUGGCGCCUGAACUACUGCGUGGGCGGGGAGGUAACGACGGUGGUCCACCUGGACCGGCCCAUGUACCUGCUGGGCUACCUGGCGGCGCAGAACCGCGUGUUCCUCAUUGACAAGGAAUUCAACGUCGUGUCGUUCACGCUGCUGCUAUCGCUCAUUGAGUUCAAGGCGCGGAUAACGGCGGACGAGCUGGACUCGGCCAUGGAGCUGCUGCCCAGCAUUCCGCAGGACCAGCACAACAGCGUGGCGCGCUUCCUGGAGGCCAAGGGCAUGAUCAGCACGGCGCUGCAGGUGGCCACGGACCAGGAGUACCGCUUCGACCUGGCGGUGCAGCUGGGCGACCUGGGGGUGGCGCAGGCCAUCGCCGCCAAGCUGGACAGCACGUCACGGUGGAAGCAGCUGGGCGAGAUGGCGCUGACGGCGGGCAAGCUGGAGCUGGCGACCGAGUGCUUGACACGUGCCUCGGACUUCUCGGGUCUGCUCAUGCUGGCGUCAGCGCGGGGCGACCAGGCCGGCAUGGCUGCCGUGGCCGCGGCCGCCGCAGCGGCUGGCAAGACUAACGUGGCCUUCCUGGCCUCCUUCCUACUCGGCCGCUUGGAGGACUGCCUCAACCUGCUCCUCGAGGCCAAGAGGUUGCCAGAGGCAGCCUUCUUUGCGCGCACCUACCUGCCGUCGGCCAUCUCGCCCGCACUAGUCAAGUGGAAGGCGGACCUCGCGGUCAUCAACCCCAAGGCUGCGGAGGCGCUGGCGGACCCAGCCGCGUACCCCAACCUCUUCCCGCACCUCGACGAGGCCCUGCACGCCGAGAAGCUGCUCGCGGCCCAGCGCGCGCAGCUGGUACCGGCCAGCGACUACCUGGAGGCGGCGGCCAUCACAGCGGCGGCGAUGGAGGGCGGGCUGGAGGGUUUGCUAGAACGGCUGCAAGGCCUCGGGUUGGGGCCGAGCGAUGGAGACGUGGAGCAGGAGGACGAGGAGGAGGCGGAGCAUCAGGAGAACGGGGACGUGCCGGUCGAGGAGGAGGAGGCGGAGGAGUAUGUUGAGGAGGAGGUCGAGGAGGAGAUGGAUGAGGGCCCAACUUCCCUUCCGCCAGAGCCGCCUGCGGCACCGCAGCCCGAGCCCGUGCCCGCACCGGAGCCACCGGUGCCGGAGCCAGUUGCCCAAGAGCCGGCUGUGCCCGAGUCGGCACCGGAGGCGGCUAUGGAUGAGGAGGAAGAGGAGGACCCCUUCGGUGACCCGGCAGGCGACGCGGACGCAGACGCCGGCAACGUCAAUGCGGAGGACCUCGACGAUGACUGGGGGCUUGACGGGGAUGGGGAGGCCUAAAUGGGGGGAACGCGUGACGUGUAGGGAGUCGGUGUAAGCCGGUUUACUGAGUGCAUUACGGUGAACAUAUGUAGCAUUAGGUAGAUACUGUAUGGUUUCUUAGACAUGACGAGGCUUAAAGCUUUGUCAGAGUGUUUAGCUCUGUUGGCAAAUGCCAGAAGAGUCCGUCCUAGCAAGGCCGUGGGCGGUGCAUUAGGUGAGCGGAAUGACCUCUGCUUGGGCUCAAUGGGGUAUGCGCUGGAAGUGGUAUACC